GCGGAAGGCGGUACGAACUCUCUGCGGCACGCAAAUGGUCUUCGAUCCGUGCAGUGAAGUGUCGUAAAAUGACGAAAUACAAUUGUGGCGGCAGUGAAAUGCCCGCUGGUCACAGCAUCAAGCAGGAGUACACCAACGGUUAUGGCCAACAAACUCAUCCUGGCUAUGGCUUCAAUGGUUAUGGCCAACAGAAUCAGUUAACCAAUCCUAGCCAGACUUCCAACCAGACACUGCAGAAUUUCUUCAGUCGUUUCAAUGCCGUCGGAGAUGCAAAUGUGGGAAAUAAUCUUAGUACUUCCAUCUCCGCCUCGGGUUCGGGAUCAUCUUGCAAUUACGGUCAUGGUAAUCAUCCGGCGGAGUUGGACAAGCAGGUCGGCAUGAAUAUGACACCUUCGCCUAUAUACACUACCGACUAUGAUGACGAGAACAGUAGUCUUAGCUCCGAGGAGCAUGUUCUGGCGCCUCUGGUCUGCUCAUCCGCUCAAUCCUCGCGACCCUGUCUCACGUGGGCCUGCAAGGCAUGCAAGAAGAAGAGCGUCACUGUGGACCGCAGGAAGGCGGCAACCAUGAGGGAACGACGGAGAUUGAGAAAGGUUAACGAGGCCUUUGAGAUCCUCAAGCGACGCACAUCAUCCAAUCCCAACCAGCGGUUGCCCAAGGUCGAGAUAUUGCGCAAUGCCAUUGAGUAUAUCGAGAGCCUGGAGGAUUUGUUACAGGAAUCCAAUCCCACACGCGAUGGCGACAACCUGGCGCCCAGUUUAAGCGGCAAAAGCUGCCAGUCCGAUUAUCUGAGCUCAUAUGCCGGUGCCUAUUUAGAAGAUAAACUAAGUUUCUACAACAAGCACAUGGAGAAAUAUGGACAAUUUUCAGAGUUUGAAGGCAAUGCCAAUGGCUCCAGCUUGGAUUGCUUAAGCUUGAUUGUUCAAAGCAUCAAUAAGAGCACCACGAGUCCCAUUCAAAGUAAGGCCACGCCCUCACCUGCUGAUUCCAAGACGCCGCCCACAUCUGGAGCAAGUGCAGCCACAACUCUGCAUGCGAACUUCAAACGGAAAUGCAGCACUUAGCAUCUUAAGUUUGUAAAACCAAAAUUAGGCAAUUGUAAAGAUAGUUUUUAAAGAGGAUACACGAGAUACCCAGUGACCCGGAAUAGGCCUUAAAUUAUUUGUAUAGUUUUAGCACUUAAUUAAAACGAUAAUUGAAAACAAAAA